CCGGAAAGAAAGCAAUAAGUUUAUUUUAAGUUCACGAUGAGCUCUAAUACAAAGGAUGGUAUCACCAUACGGAUCAUGACCGUAGAGGAUUAUAAGAAUGUAAAAGCAUUCAUGAAGGAUGACUUCUUCCUGUCAGAGCCUCUGUGCCAAUCCACCGGAGAAUCCGUUCAUCAGCAAAACGAAAAGGAUAAUGAUGAAUACCACCUUUCCAUGAUUGCUCAGGGCACCUGUUUGGUGGCAAUCGAUGAGAACAACGGUGGACGUCUGGUGGGAUUUGUCCUGGCUGGAGCCCAGUAUCCCGAGGAUAUAGAACAGCACCGCAUUGAGGCCGAGGCCAUGGAGCAGCACACUUGGGGUCGCAUUUGCAUAUUGCUUUCUAAAAUUGAACGGGAGGCCAACAUAUUUGAGCGCUUUGGAAUCUCGAAAGUGCUCUAUUCCCACAUUACCAGUGUCGAUAAAUCGAUGAGGGGCAAGGGAUUGGGCUCCCGACUCGCCACCACUUUGAUGGAGGUGGGCCGAUCCAAGGGAUUCCCGGUCAUGGUGGCCUAUUGCACGAGCUUCUUUUCCGCCCGCCAGAAGGAAGCCCUGGGGAUGCAAUGCAUCCACUCCCUCACCUAUGCCGACUACAAGGACGCUCAAGGACGACCGAUCUUCACACCCGCUGCGCCAAACACAAUGGCCCGGGUUAUGGCCAUUAAACUUUGAGGUUGAUAAAACUUUUAUAAUUGACGAAAUACCAAAAAAAAAAAAAAUAAAAAAACGUAUUAUCUAAA